UCCGCGCCGCCUCUGCCGCGAUGCCCCCCCCUGCGCCCGGGGCCCGGCUCCGGCUUCUCGCCGCCGCCGCCCUGGCCGGCUUGGCCGUCAUCAGCCGAGGGCUGCUCUCCCAGAGCCUGGAGUUCAACUCUCCUGCCGACAACUACACAGUGUGUGAAGGCGACAACGCUACCCUCAGCUGCUUCAUUGAUGAGCAUGUGACCCGCGUGGCCUGGCUGAACCGCUCCAACAUCCUGUACGCUGGCAACGACCGCUGGACCAGCGACCCGCGGGUGCGGCUGCUCAUCAACACCCCCGAGGAGUUCUCCAUCCUUAUCACCGAGGUGGGACUCGGUGAUGAGGGCCUCUACACCUGCUCCUUCCAGACCCGCCACCAGCCGUUCACCACUCAGGUCUACCUCAUCGUCCACGUCCCUGCCCGCAUUGUGAACAUCUCGUCGCCUGUGACGGUGAAUGAGGGGGGCAAUGUGAACCUGCUUUGCCUGGCUGUGGGGCGGCCAGAGCCCACGGUCACCUGGAGACAGCUCCGAGACGGCUUCACCUCGGAGGGAGAGAUCCUGGAGAUCUCUGACAUCCAGCGGGGCCAGGCCGGGGAGUAUGAGUGUGUGACUCACAACGGGGUUAACUCGGCGCCCGACAGCCGCCGCGUGCUGGUCACAGUCAACUAUCCUCCGACCAUCACGGACGUGACCAGCGCCCGCACAGCUCUGGGCCGGGCCGCCCUCCUGCGCUGCGAAGCCAUGGCGGUGCCCCCCGCAGAUUUCCAGUGGUACAAGGACGACAGACUGCUGAGCAGUGGAACGGCCGAGGGCCUGAAGGUGCAGACGGAGCGCACCCGCUCGAUGCUUCUUUUCGCCAACGUGAGCGCCCGGCAUUACGGCAACUACACGUGUCGCGCCGCCAACCGGUUGGGAGCGUCCAGCGCCUCCAUGCGGCUGUUGCGCCCAGGAUCCCUGGAGAACUCAGCCCCGAGGCCCCCAGGGCCCCUGGCCCUCCUCUCCGCCCUGGGCUGGCUGUGGUGGAGAAUGUAGGCGCAACCUAGUGGAGCUCGCCUCCCCCUGCAGGGGGCCUCAGGCCAAGAGUGAGAGAAAAGGGGGAGCAGGAGCCAUGGGUCUCGUGGGGGCAGAAGAGCUCUCGGUCACUGAGGAAGAAGAGGAGAGGAAGAGGAGGAGGCAGAGGAAGAAAGAUCUUUAGAGAACCCAUCACUGUGAGGGAUAACGCAAAAUUAUGCAUCUUUCUACAGCCAUUCUCGCCACCCGUUCACGUUUCCGAUUGUGACCCACUCCCGCCACCCCAUACCCCUCUCUCUUAGCUCAGGCUGUCAACUGGCUCGUGUGGGUGUGACUGUGUGAGUGUGAGCCUGCAUGCGUGUGUAGGUGUCUGUGUCUGUGUGUGUGUGGGUGGGUGGGCUGGGGGAGGGGACUCAGCCGUCCUCCCACCCCCGACGCCCCCGUGUCCACUGUCCCCAACCCUACUGCCUCUCACCUCUGGCUGGAGGUAGGUGUGGGGCUCUGCAGUGGAAGCUGUGAAGAGAGGCUUACCAGGCUCCCUGCUUCCCAAUAUAUGCACGCACACGGACCCUCCCCCUGUUGAAAGGGCAUCUCCUGGCAGGUUGGGAGUGGAGAGAGGUGUUGCAUUCACUUGUCAAGCUGUCGUUCAGCCUUUGUGAGUAAGUGGGGGACCUCCAUCCGGGCUCUGGGCUUCCCUGCUGUCAACCACCAGCUUCCUGUAGCCAGAGGCCCCAUUGCUGGCUCAGUAGCCUGAGACCUUCCCACUCUCCCUGUCCCUCCCCACCCUGGAUUUUCUGGCCCCCUCCCGGGCCAAUCGGUGCUUCCAUCCAACUGUCAGACUGGUGGCAGGAGUUGCCUGUCUGUUUCAGUGCUUUGCCCUACCCCUGCCACCACUCCCCUUGGCCUUGACUUCCCCACCUGUGGCACCAGCCAGCUGCCCUUGGGGCCUUUGCAGCCGGCCCACAGGUGUGGGCUUGCUGAUCUAUCACUCCCUGGCCUCUCUACCAACUGUACCUCCCAAAGGCUACCUGACCGCCCUCACACACACACACACACACACACACACACACACACACACCAGCGACUGUGACCAGCAAUAGCACCCUGGCUCCAGCUGUCCUGUAGCUGGUGACUAGCUGUAGUUCCUCCUGGGUAGGCAUCUGUUGUCAGGAAGCGAACGCUGAGAGGCUGCAGCCUCAGCUCUGAUUGUAGGAAUACUCCACCCUGGUACACCACACCACACCAAGUGGGGGACAGAGACGCAUCACACAGACAUCCUGAGCCCAGACACAGAUGCCAUGUCAACAGCUCUGACUCCCAGGAGACCCUCUAUAUAAACACCCACCCCAAACCACACCACCCAGAGUCCGGUGGAGAAGAGGAGAGGGCAAGGCGCAGUGACUGUACCUCAGACAGGGGCACGGGCCCCAUCCCACAUUGUCUUCCAUUCCCAGGGUCCAGGGGAUGGGGUGGGACUGGGGAGGGAUGUCAGGGAGGGGGUGGGGGGCCCUGGGGGCCGUGUGUUCCAAUUCAUGGGGAGUGUUGAGACCACCACACCAAUAAACGCCUUUUUCCAAAGUCUGCCUGCAGGUGUCAAUAUCAUUAAGGAUUUCAGUUAAUGAAGGGCAAAGGGGAGCAGUCAAUUGGUUCCUCUCCAGCAUCCUUCCUACCACCUACUUUCUCAUCGGUAGGCUUGGAAUUGACUCAUUACAGAGAUGCCCUGUGAUUGGCCUAAGCCACUCAGCAUGUCCCAUUUCCCCACCGUGAUUGGCUCAGAGAUGGGCACAUGACCCAGUAAGGCUAAUGAGAAAGUGAAUGCAUUCCUGAGAAGAGAUGCUUUUCUGCUGGAUACUGUGGCUCUGUGAUGUGAGGUCUAUAGCUGUAGGGUUGCUUUUCUCCAUCACAUGGAGACAUCUUGGGUCUGUGGGGAUAGCAGUGGUAAAGAAGACAGCAUAUGGAGCCUGAGAAUAAUAGGAACACUAAGAAGUGCAGAGUGGAAACCUUAGAGAAACUGAGUCCAUGAUGGUAUCAUUUGAGCAGCUGGAUCAAAACUUAACUGAUGCCCGUAUCUUCAUUUAUGUAAGCAAUAAAGUCCCCUGUAUAU